AAACCCUAACUCGCCAUCUCUAUGGCAACCAGAUCCAAGAAAUCGGUGAUCUCAGUCGAUGUACCACGGCGAUGCAGCACAGCGUUGGAGGCUGAAGCAAAGCUUAUGUGCGCCGCUGUGCAUUGGAAUGCACAGCUUGCGUGAAGGAAGGACCGACUCAAGUGGCACUGAUUGCUGCUAACUCUCGUGGUGCUUACAUUGGGAGGCUCGCACAAUGUGCACCGUGGUAGCGACCUCGCUGAAGUCUGUAGACUUGGGAUGUGUCGUUCCAGGGAUACAAUUACCGUCAAAAGAUGUAAAAGGAAGUGGCCAUGUUGUUCCGAUUUCACAAUGUUCUAGAGUUAUGUUGCAGUCCGCUCAAGGACCAAGCGCUCGUGUACAUUUUCUGCGCCACGCACACUAUCGAAAUAUGUCUCGUUGCAUCGCCAUGAAGAGUAGAGUAGAAAACUCUAGAGCUGACUUCUCCACGGGCAAUGAAGAGGAUGAAAUUACGGGUGGCAAGAGCCAAACUUUUAUGGAGCGUAUCACACGUGCAUGGUCUGUUCUUUUUCCUGCGAAAGCCAAGCCGUCCUCGAACAAAGACGUUGCGAAGCAGCGUCUGAAAAUGAUUCUAAUCUCCGACAGGUGCACUGUGAAUGAGGAAGCAAAGAAGAAGAUCGUGACCAACAUCGUUGGUGCCCUUUCAGAUUUCGUAGAGAUUCAAUCAGAGGAGAAAGUCCAGUUCAACGUCACCUCCGACGCAGAUCUCAACACAGUUUGCUCCGUGACGGUACCGGUCCGAAGAGUCAGGCCCCAGUACCAAGAGUUUAGCAGGGAUCUUGUACAUUCCGAGCUGGAGGCUUUUGAUUGCGAGGAAAAGGAAGGUUCUUUUCGGAUGGUUGACAUCCGUUUUGAGCGUCCCGAUGUCGAAGGAAUUGACGUUUGAGAGGAUUUAAGCUGCUGUUAUUAAUUACGAGUUCCUCGACGUUCAGGAUGUCUGCAUGUCUGCAUAACUUCGAUAUUGGUGCAUAUGCUUCCUGUUUUGAAAGAAGUUAAGAAGGGCUACAUUGGCUGCUAUCAUCUCAGAAUGAUUGUAACAUUGCAAUCAGAAUCAAGGCCUCCGGAGUUCAGUGAAUCGCCAACACACACCAAGCAACAUUGGUAGUUACGUGAGGCAAAUCCUGGGCACUUUCUCAUCAUGGUUUCCUCAUCCUCUAUUAAAUUCCAGAUUACAUCGAAUAGCUGCUUACCGUGGAGAAAGACUUCUUAUCCGUAAUUUCAUUUAGACAUCUGUCUUUCUAUAAAAUGGGAAUCUCGGGUGCGUAUAGCUAGUCAUUUGUUACUUGCUGGCAGUUGCAUAUUUGUAGAUUAUUAAGGGCUUUAGGCAAUCCAAUUGUGCUAGGCUUGAUUCUAUUAAAUGCAGACAAGCUUACAGAGAAUGUAAUUAGUUCAAUUUCAUUUUCGACCUUUGUGGCCACAGUUUGGACGAAGGGCUUUUCAAUGAUACCAUGUGGCGUCUGCUCUUGAUGUGUACAGAAUCUGGUUCUGAACCCAAUUUUGUGCACAUGCCAUUCGUACA